AUGUGAGCGUAAGGUGAACAGAACACCAACAAGCGCGGUAGAUGAGAUAUACGUCAGUUUGUUUACGUUGUUGACGUGGUGCGUAAUGUAAGCGUAAUGUAGCGUAAAGUGGACAAUCGGAAGGUGGUCUAAACACCAACCAGCGCGGCAGUUGAGAUAUACGUCAGCUGGUUUACGUCAUUGACGUGGUGCGUAAUGUGAGCGUGAUGUGAGCGUAAGGUGGACAGACGGAAGGUGGACUAAACACCAACCAGCGCGGCAGAUGAGCUAAACAUCAGUUUGUUUACGUCGUUGAUGUGGCGGCAAAAGGAAAACAUGGAGUCCGGUGUGGACCGCGGACCAGAUGUGGAAUGUGUCGUUAACCGUUGGACGGUGGAUUAUUAUAUAUCUGUGGCGUUGGAGGCUUUCAGGAAUGAACAGUAUCCUGAUUUCUGUCAGAUCAGAGACAUCCUUCAAUGUCAUCUGGUUCGGCCGUUGGAAGCCAACGAUGUCACGCCCAAGAAGAUCAGAGCAAUACAGUUCCUCACCAGGAUAAAUGAUGGCGACAAACUCGACGUCUCUUUUGACUCUCAGGAGGACCUCACUCCGCUGGAGUCUGCUCUGAGCGUAUUGGAUAGCAUCCGCGAGGAGUUGCCGGUUUCCCAGAAAGACUUGGAGAGAGUACAUAAGUCUAUCAGAGAGAUGUUGGUCAUCGUGUGCAUUAAGAACCAGGCCUUUGACAAAGCCAAGGACGCUUUGAUGAAAUACUUCCCGAAAAGCAUGAUUGGAAAGAAAGCGAUCUUCCUGGGUCUGGUCAACAAGAGGAGCAGCGAGCAUUCAGUCCUGCAGCAGGUCACCUACCAGCAGUUUAAACAGGAGAUGCUUCACUUCUGCGAGAGCCUGUUCCCCUUUUCUCAUCCUUUCCUGUCCAGGGCUGCCGGAAAGCUGAUGGUGAAGAGACAGGGGGCAGGACAGGAUGCAGAGGAAGGAGACUGUCCUUCAGACCCUCAGCCAGAGGAUCACCUUGUACCAACAACAGAGGAGAAGGAAUCCAGACACAAACCCAGUCCUCCCAGUCCCCCUCCUGGUGGUGUCUUGCUGACCCGCAGCCAGCUGAUGGCCGUUUAUACAGCCCUGGCCGAGGAGCAGAGGGAGCCCAUGACCUUUGCCGAGCUGGAAGAGGAAGUGGAAAGGGAGGUGACGGAGGAGAACGCAGGAAAAGGAAGUGCUAUUGUGGACCAAGACGAACCUCUCCUGCACCUCUCCGAAAGCCCCAGGCAGGGCUCAGACGCUGUGUUGGAGCAGGAUGUCCCCAGGUCCCAGAGAGAUUCCGACAGUCCAAUGGAGGCUUCCCCUGCAGACCUGGUAACCCCGGCAGACCUGGUAACCCCGGCAGACCUGGUAACCCCAGCAGACCCUCUGGCACCAGAGGCAGCCCCCCAGUGGAAGAGCAGAGGCUGGCCUUAUACCAUAGCCAGGCUGGUUAUGGAGCCAGACAGCCAGGAAUCAGUAUCCAACGGGGAGGAGUCAGCCCAGACGUCAGUCUGCCGGGCGGACCCACUAAGCUCCGCCAACACCUGCAGCCCGCCCACACGGAAGUAUCGCAAACGACGAGCCAGCAAGAUAACCGAAGAGAGCUCGUCUGACCCUGAGGAGGAUGUGUGUAUUCUGGAUGACACCCCUGAGCUCCCUGCUCAUAGAGAAUGCACCACCCAAUCCACUUCCACCCCCCAGAGAGGCUCCGCCCCAACCCCCCAGAGAGGCUCCGCCCCCACCCCCCAGAGAGGCUCCGCCCCACCCCCAGAGAGGCUCCGCCCCACCCCCAGAGAGGCUCCGCCCCACCCCCAGAGAAGCUCUGCCCCCACCCCCACCCACCAGAGAAGCCACACCUACCAGAGAAGCUCCACCCCCCAGAGAGGCUCCACCCCCAACCCCCAGAGAAGCCCCACCCCCCAGAAGGCCUCCACCAGUAAAAAGGGAACUGAUCUGAAGUGGAAGCAGCUAUUCAGUGUUGCCAAGGAAUCCAAGGAUAGGUGGAGUGACGAAGAGGAUUUAUUUGACUACCCUCACAAAGACAGUUCAGAGGACAACACCAGUACGACUGGAGGAGGCAGGAAGAGGGUGAGUUUAGGUUCUGGAGACACCAGUACUACUGGAGGAGACAGGAAGAGGAUGUGGACAGCAGAGGAGACCGAGUGGGUGAAGGAGGGAGUGAAGCGCUACGGAGAGGGGAACUGGUCCAGAGUAAAGUCCUCUUUCCCCUUUUCGGGCCGAACCGCCGUGAACAUCAAGGAUCGGUGGAGAACCAUGAAAAAACUCAAGAUGGUCUGAGGCCACCAAACUGGCAGGGACUAACUUGUCCAAUAAGAAAUGCUCCGUUUCGCUAUGGGGGUGCAGUAACGAAUUUGACGCUGGAGGGCCUCUGAGCUACGCAAGAGAACGAUGACAUUAUCCAGUUGUGAGAAUGGAUGUAGACUUUAACGUUUUUUUCCCCACAAAAGAUAAUUAUUUGCCCGCCGCACAUCUGUCAACAAUGAGGACAGGAAGCUAAAGAUGGUCAGAGGGCCUUUGGACUAAGCUAAAUGUUGAUUCUGCCAUUUUUUUAAAAACGUGUUUAUAGAAGUAUUUUAUCACUUGUCUUUCUUGGUAGAAUAAAAGACUUCUCUUUA